CUCUCUCACCUGUUGCUUCUUGCAGUACCACAAGACACAGACAACAACCCCACGUAUGCAGCUCGCACCGGCUCACGAGAGUCCGCGUCUACGAUGUCGAAAACGCUGGUGUUUGACAAUGGGGCAGGUGGUUUGAAGGCUGGCAUAGCAGGGCAGCUCCGACCUUCCCACACCAUGCCCAACUGCACUGGCAGGAUCAAAGGACAGGCUCAGAUGGUGGUCGGAGACGAGACAGCGCACGCGGCGAGAGACUCGGCGCCGAUAUCGAUCCUGAGACCGUUCGACCGCGGGUACAUCACCAACUGGGAGCCCGAGUUCGAGGUGUGGCGACGCAUGCUCGGACGAAAUUUCCUGAACGCCGACCCUCGCGACAGCCGCCUCCUUGCCACCGAGGCCCCCUUCGGUCCCCUCGUUCUGCAGGAAGCGGCCAACGAGGUGGUAUUUGAAGAGUUUGGGUUCGCGGCGUGCUACCGGUGUCCCUCAGCGGCACUGAGCUGCUACCACGAGCAGGUACUGGAGGAGGAGAGGGAGAGCAUCCUGAAGGCGCAGAUGAAGAAGAGACGGGCCGAGCUCAACGCCCACUACGCGCGAGAGGCGAGGGAGGCGGCGGCCAAGGCUAGGGCCGAGGAGGAGGCCGCGAGGGCGGCGGCCGCGGCGAAGGCGGCGCACGGCCGAGGGACUCGCCUGAGCACGGGGGGGUUAGUCGGGGGCGGGAAUACCCGACUACGAUACGAUCCCACCGAUCCGGAAGGGGUGAUGGGACUGGCGCACUCGAAGGGAAGCAGCGGUAGCAGUUCCGCCGCUGCCGCGUCCAAGUCGCCGGAAGAGGACCGAGAAGAAGGCGAAAAGGAGGAGGACGACGAAAAGGAGGAGGAGGAAGUUUGGGAGAGGGAGGAGGACGUGCAGCUGGACGACCCCGCCGCCGCCGAAGGCGGCGGUGGUGGUGCGGGUGCGGCGGAUCUGCUGCUGCUUGGCGGCGGAGCCGGGAAGGGGCUUGCCAUGUCGGACGUGUGCAUCGUCGUGGACUCCGGGUUCUCGUUCACGCACAUCCUGCCGUUCUACCAGGGCCGUGCUUUGCACAAGUCGGCGCUGAGGGUGAACGUGGGCGGGAAGUUGCUGACCAACUACCUGAAGGAGGUCGUGUCGUACCGGCAGUGGAACAUGAUGGACGAGUUCGAGGUUAUGCAGGACGUGAAAGACUCGUUGAGUUACGUUAGUCUCGACCUGGAUGCCGAUCUUCGCGCGGCACGCAACGUGAGACCAGGCAACCCGAUCGUCAGAGAAUUCGUCCUCCCGGACCGCAAGACCGUGAUGAAGGGGUUUCCUAGAGAGGUGGACUGGGAUGCCCGCAUGAAGCGACGACAGCAGGAGGAGCUCGGAGUGGAGGAUGAACAACAACCGCAGGUCCUGACGAUGGGAAACGAGCGGUUUCACAUACCGGAGGUGCUCUUCAACCCGUCCAACAUCGGACUGAGACAGAUGGGGCUCUCGGAGGCCGUCGCGACAUGCAUUGAACGGUGCCCCGCUGCGCUGCGACCACAGUUCUACGCUAACGUCCUCCUUACGGGGGGGAACUGCGCCAUCCCCAACCUGAGGGAGCGGCUUUACAGAGAUCUACGGGCCUCUGCCCCUAUUCACUGCGAGGUCAACGUCAUCCUGCCGGAGGAGCCCAUGCUGCACGCCUGGCGAGGCGGGUCGCUUUUCGGCGCCAGUCCGGAGUUUGGCAGCUUCGCCGUGAGCAAGCAAGAGUACGACGAGUUCGGACACCACAUCUGCAAGAUCAGAUACGCCGACUGGUGAUAGCGUCAUGACCGCGUCGGUUCAUGAUGCGG